AUUGGACAACCUAUUCGGGCUUUUGGGACUUUUCGGCGGCAUCAAUCUUCACCUCAAACCCUACAUCAUCAUCCAUUCAUCAACAACUCCAUUCGUCGCUCUCUCGCAAAUCGUUCUCGCUCGCUCACUCUCUUCUUUCGCUUUAUUUCACAUCGCUUUACUUUAAUCGCUAGACCAGGCUCUUUCAUCGUGGCUCUUUACCUUGUCUUCCCGUUGCAACCAAACCCCUAGCAACCGACGCUCGUUCACCCUUUUCCGCCGUUCUUUGGGUUUUGAGCCCCUACUGCCACCACAAUGGCAAACACUUUCGGUGCGACCAUUAGGUCUUUCUGGCAUACUAUGACCAGUUAUGACAGACAUUCCUCAUUUGACUCUCCUUAUCGAACCGGUCGACAUGUCCCCCUACAGAAUGGUCGAGGUGGCAUUAUGACUGGCGUAGCAACAGCCUCCGAUUCUCGAAACGAUGUCUCAUCUCCCUACUCCGACGAAACCGGCCGGGCUUCUCCUCUCCAACCCGACGGCGCUACUUUCGCUCCCACAAGCGCCCCCUAUUCACCUGGCCUGAGAUCAAUGAGCGCGCGAAAUGCUAGCCAGGGCGAUGGCUUCGAGGUGCAGAGUCCCGGCGAUGUCCCGAUGCAAAACUUUGCCGAUGGCCUCCCCCCUGCCCCUCCAGUUGCUCAUUCCUGGAGGCGCAUAGACGCAUGGGCAGACGAAAACUAUCCAGAACUUUACGACCAGCUAUGCGAAGGUGCUACCAACAAUGAUCUGAACGACCUGGAGCAUCAGCUUGACUGCUCUCUUCCUCAAGACGUCCGCGACUCGCUUAUGGUUCACGAUGGUCAAGAACGAGGAGGAAUGCCUACCGGAAUUAUUUUUAGCCACAUGUUGCUGGAUUGCGAAGAGAUUGUUCAGGAAUGGGAUAACUGGAGGACCGUCAAUCACCAGUAUUUGCUCGAAACAUCCAUCAACAAGCCCUCUACCCCUUCCAAGGCUUUCGGUGGCAGCAAUGAGGCUUCUUCUUCCAAGCAAGGCGCGGCAGCUGGCGGCAGCCCUGGUCCUUGGAGACAAGAUCUCCUCUCUCGCCAAGACUGCGUACCCCCCAAUGCUGUUCAAAAGGCAUAUGCCCAUAGCUCGUGGAUCCCCCUCGUCCGUGACUGGGGUGGCAACAACUUGGCUGUCGAUCUGGCUCCUGGUCCUGGUGGCCAGUGGGGUCAAAUCAUUCUGUUUGGUCGUGACUACGAUACUAAGUACGUUGUCGCGCGCUCUUGGGCUGCGUUCCUGGCAGUUGUCGCGGAUGAUCUCAACAGUGGCAAGUGGUAUGUGGAUGAGGAAACCAACGAAUUGAAGCUGCGAGAGUUCAAAGAGACAAGAGUUGAGCCAUCGUACUUCAGCAUCCUCAGGUGGAGAAUGGAUCAGAAAUACGGAAGAAGGGCAGCUUCAAACCGAAGGUCAAUGGGACCCAAGCCUAAUUCUCCUCUUGGCUCGCGUUCUUCUUCACCUUAUGGUAGUGGUGGUGAGAAUGGCGAGCCCCGGGGCCGAUCUAUGCAACGACUCAGUGGAUCAUCUCCUUUGGCCAGCCCCCGACCAGGCCCAGGAUACGGAAAGGCGACACCUUUGAGUAAAGUCACAGAGGAGACAACAAUCCCAGAGCUCGCCGACGCAUAUAUCCAGCCUGAGAAGCUUGUAGAGGUCGAAAGUCCCCGGCAAAGCCAGGACACCAAAACUCCUAAAGUGACAACCAGCAUUCCCCGAGUGGAAUCCGACCUCCUCAAGGUGGAAGAAGAACCAUCUCCCAAGGCGAACGGCAAGAAGCCCGAGGUGGUAGACGAAUCGAUGAAGACGAUCGAGAUUUAAGCACCAAAGAAUUGGCAGUGUAUUUUGCAAUAGACGAAAGCACGGGGACUGGCAUAGGGACAAUGAUUGCAUGAGACUCGUUAUUUUUUACAAACUUCUGGCCAGG